ACCAAAUAAUGGCCUCCCAAGAAUUUACCGUGUUAUAUACUCACCAAAAGAUGAAAAAAUCAAAAACAUGGCAAGAUGGAAUUUUGAGGGUUAGAACUGGCCGAAAUCAGGCUUCCUUGUUUGAUGAUAAAGGACAGUGUCUGGAGAGUAUUUUUAUGAAAUCUCAGGUGACUCCUGGAGAUGAUUUCGAAAGUGAGAGAUAUUUAAUCACAGUUGAAGCAGCCAAAGUGAAUGAAAAGCCCUCUGAAGUCCAACCAAAAAAAGCAGAAGCUCCAGCAGUGAAUAGAAAUGGUGUAAAACCCAGUCUCUUAUCCCCAAGACAUCUCCCUGUUGGCUUGAAAAGGAAGUUUACGGGGUUCCAAGGGCCACGCCAAGUUGAGAAGAAAAUGCCAGCUGUGGAAGAUGAGGAAAAACCCACAGCAAUGCCUUUCUCUAAGGAGUGCCAAGGGAGUUUUCCAUCCAAGUUUUACAUCAGCUCUCCGUUAUUUUCCACGAUUUGCAAGAAGGAUGCAGAAAUAAAUCCCUCUGCUGGUUGUCAGGAAGGGAACAGUGGUAGAGAACAAAUGUCUGUGUCCUCACUGCUUUCAUCUCCUUUCAGUGACAAGUGUGAGGAGACAGAGAAGCCCAACUCCAGUCAGUUUGUUGUGAAGCCAGGAUCUCCUCUCCUUACUGGGCACGCUGGUCCUGGUGCAGUGUCCCACCACAUCAGGAGCACAGCGCAGAUAAUUGCUCUUCUGAAGUCUAAACCAGCACAAGGACACAGAGAGCAAACAUCUGGAGUCACAGGUGGUCUUUCCUGGUUUCAGGCAGCAGAAAAUGCAAAUUUAUGUGCCAAAAAAAGCCCCGUCCUACCUGCUUUUUCAGGCGACCCUGCCGAAGGACACAUUCCAGAUACUCAGCACCUGCCUUUUAUUCAGGGAACUGUUAAGGAUGAAAAGGACUGGAAUGCUCAAAUGCUUCCAAAUUCAGCUGAACAACUUUGUGGUGAAGAAGUCACAGGACAGAGACAAGACAAAAAGGUAAAUAAUUUAAGUCCAGAUUUACAAGAUCACCGCAACACCAAUAGUUACCUCCUACCUGAGUCCACUGUGGGUAAAACGAGUGACUGUCAGUUUGUCCCAUCCUCAGGUGACAUUUCAUGUUCAGCAAGUCCAGCUACCUCUGAAAAGAAUCCUUUUGGAUACAGGGAGCAUUCAGGGACUGACAGUCUUGGGGAGACUUUAUCUGUGAAGAUGCAGAGUGAGCUUCAUCCAAGACACAAUUCAAAGGGAGUGUCUAGUGACCUGGAGCUCUCUGGGGAUGUGACGUGGACUGAAGGUGGAAUUGUGAAGGAGGAGUUCAGUUUGCAGGGCACAGACUGUAGUCCUGAUGGGGAACGGAUGGAGGUUAGCUUUAACCUAAUGGAGACUUUUGAUUUUAAUGACACGGACAGUGAAGAUGUGUGUGAAAGAGAGGGGAAGGACUUCUCAGAGGGAGAAUCUUCACGGGGCCCAGGUUGCUUCCAGGGAGAAGGUGUAGCACAAGAUGCUGCAUCGAGGCCUCAUUUGAAGCCUCAUUCUUGCUGUGAAGUAGAGACAUACAGCAAAAAUGAAGUCAGAUGUUCCAGUUUUGAUGGAGAACGGGGUACACCACCCCAGCUUUGUGACAGUGAUGCCAGGAGAACUGCAGAAGAAGCUGCAAACCAGACCAGAAUCCAAGUGGAACUUGUAGGUGAUGGAUGCAACUCAAAAGAGAUCAAUGAGAGUCAGUCAAGUUUUGAAGCCACAAAGAAAGAGAAGGAUCUGGAUGGCUCUGCAGCACUCACCAUUAAUGGCACAUCCUGGAUAAAAAACCAGCUCUCUGAUCUCUUGCCUGGUGACACCAAUGUUAAUGAAACCAGGGUGUUUGAUCCAGCUGGAAGUCUUCCAGAUAUUUCUCCCAGCAGAAUAAUUUCUGCUACGGACAAAAAGACCAAGGAAGGAGUUAUGCAGGUCGGGUGCAUGGAAUCCCCAGAUGUUGGCUCAGAGCACUUCUGGGGUGCUAAGAGUGAUGACAUUAAACCAGGCAGCCCUCUUCUGGCUUUGUCACCAAAAUCAGAUCAUCUAGGAACAGGUUAUUCACCUCCAGAGCAAACAGCAGUAGGAGAAACUGCAUUGGAAAAUGCAGAGAGCGUAACUGCUUCUCCUAAAGCCUGCAGAGGAGAAACAAUAGGGGUGGAUGGCCUGAAAUGCACAGCACUGGCUGAGAAUUCCUCAGCACUCUCUGAUUUGGUGAAUGAUCUUGCUCUUCUAAGAGCUUUGACUCAGCAUAGCACAGCAUUAGAGAGCUUGCAAAAGAUGGAGGAAAAUAGCAGCGUGUUCUGUGAAACAGACACUUCUAAGGAGACACUUGAACCCCUUGAGAAGGAUGAAGCUAUAAAAGAGUUUACAGAAAUGCCUUACUCAGAAAGUUUACAGGCAUCUUCCCGUUCAUACUUUGAUUCUCCUGGCCUUAUGCCCAACUGUGUGGACAAUUUAUUACAGAAGACAGAGGCAUUUAUUGUACCAAUAGCAGCAGCCCAAAGAGACCCUGGGACGUCUGACUGGCAACCAAAGCCUGUUGCCUUCCAAGGGCAUCAAGUGAAAGGAUCAGCAGCCAGUGAGGUCAUGUUGAGAGCUCCAUGCUCCCAGCUAGGAUGGCAGCAGCACUCUGAGAACGUGGACUUUGCAGAUGAGACUUUUUUCUCAUCCCUCUUUUCAAGGAAUUAUGACCUUGAUGACUUCAGACAGCCUCCAGUUUGCAGGAGCCUCCAUAAGGAUGAUGUUGAUAUUAUCAGAGAAGAGAAUUUUCAAAUGAAGCUUGAUGAUAUUGAAGAGCUAGGAAUAAAUAGAUCCUCACUGGCAUUGGAUGUGUAUGCUGAGGUUUCACCAGGGACAAUGUCACUCUCACCCUCUGACUUGAGGCAAGCACAAUGGACUGCCUGGGAACCUGGCAAGAUUUCAUCAGAACAAUCUUCCCCACCUGAUCCAGAUGCUACAGUUUCUCUACCUUGGGAAAAUGAGGAUGCUGUUGGAGACAUCCAGGAGCCCCUGACACAUGGGGUCUUACCAAGUGAACCAGACCUCCCAGAUUGCUUUUUCACCCGGGAGGAAUCCAGCUAUCCAGAGGGAUGCAGCCUCCCAGCAUUCAAGCCCACGAUGAAAACACGAACUCCAUUUGUCACUCUUCCUGCCACUGAUGACAUUCCUGACAUGUCUGACCCCGCUGAGAGCGAGGAGGGCCAGCAAUCUUUGGGCUUUUCAGGAGGCAGUUUGUGCAUUCAGCAAGUGGCAUUUCCUAGGAGUGCUCCUGGCCCCGAGGACAGGAAUUGUGAAACCUCUGUGUUUGGGGCGUACAGGGAAGAUGGACAAAGGGCAUCUGUGCCACCAGUGCUCCCUCAAGUGACUUCCCAGCACAGACAAAGCAAGUGGCUGAAGUAUCAAAGCAGUGCUCAGUGUGAUUUGAUCCCUGAAAACAGCACUGAUGAGGAACAGAAUGAGGACAUCUGUGCCCAGAGCAUCCUCGGAAUGGCGCCGUGUGACACAGGAGAGGGCAGAGCCCUGGAUCCAAGGGGGAAUCCAAGUGGGAAUCCAAGUGCUCCCAGCUCUGCGCUGCUGCUGCCAGCCGGGAGCUCACCUGGGGAAUGCUGCAGGGCUGCAAACACCAGCCCCUCAGAUCUGGUUUCAGAGGGGAAGGUGCUUUCCCUGCACUUAAGGCAGACACCUUUGGCUGCAGCCACACAAAAGGUGUGGAGUCACCUGAGCUGCCACGCCGGAACAGGAGACGGCCAGGUCAUAACAGUUUCUGAGCUGUCUUUUCCUCCUGUGGAUAAAGUGAAACAUGCCAAUCUUCCCAAAAGAAAGAUUUCCAUCCCAGCUGUGUUUCAGUCUCACACUCACUACAAACAGGUUUUUAAAGCUGCUCUGACAGAGCAAUUGAACAUAAUGCUGUUUGAGUUGGCACAGAGGCUGCACAAUGCCCUCUCCAAAGUGGAUAUAUCAUUUUACACUGCAGUGGAAGGUGGGCAAGGCCAGAGCCAAGGAAGCUGUGCUCCUCUCUGCAACCACAUGCACCCUGCCAAGCUGGUGAUGGUUAAAAAAGAAGGUCAAAACAAGGGUCGUUUGUUCUAUGCCUGUGAUGCCCCAAAAGGUGAGCAGUGUUCUUUUUUCAAGUGGAUUGAAGAUGUGAACCCCACACAGACAAAAUCCAGACCGAGUGCAGUGCUCCAUGAUACAAAAAGUAUUGGGACAUACCUCAGGAGUCAAAAGAUUGCUGUCUAUGAGGAAUGCCAGCUUUUGGUGAGGAAAGCCUUUGAAAUUCCAGCACAGCGGUACAGUAAGCUCACGAAAUUUAUGAACACAUCUGCCAGCUUUGGCGACUCCAAAUCCAAAUUAUAUCUGAAACUAAGCAGAAAGGAGCAUUCUUCUCUCUACAGCAGAGAUGACAUCUGGGUUGUUUCAAAGACUCUAAACUUUGAUCCCAUCAAUACUUUCAUUGCAAGCAGUGCUUUCUUUGGACCAUCCUCCAACAAUGAAAUAGAAUUGCUUCCACUGAAAGGCUACAGUCCCUCCAACUGGAGAUCAAACAUGUGUGUUCAUGCCUUGCUGGUUUGUAAUGCCAGUGGUGAGCUGGCAUCCUUAAGGAACCUGGAGGAGCAUUUCAAUCCAUCCACAUUACCAGUAAUCCCUUAUCUCCUGAAAAUGAAUUUUAAUUCUGAAAGUGCUACAAAAAGAUCCAACAAAAGGAAAUUUACUCCACCUGCCAUGAAUCUGAAAUGCUCAAUGAUGUCUGGCCCUGUGAGCUCUGAAGUGGCAAUGGGAGUGGCUGAAGAGAUGAUCCAAAGGUUUUCCCUGAACCCAGACCAAGCAGCAUCACUGAUUCACAUAGCUCAGAUGAUGACCUCCUGUGAAAACCCCAAACCAGGGGAGGAACAUCAGAGCUUCCCCAUCACAAUCAUACGUGGUGUUUUUGGAGCUGGCAAGAGCUACUUGCUGUCUGUAGUGAUUUUGUUCCUCGUGCAGCUCUUUGAAAGCAGUGAAGCUGUAGAGGGUCCAAGGGCAACUCCAUGGAAACUUCUCAUUGCUUCUUCCACCAACGUUGCUGUGGACAGGAUACUGCUAGGUCUGCUCGAUCUUGGAUUUGAGGAUUUCAUACGAGUGGGAAGUAUAAGGAAAAUCACAAAAGCAAUUCUUCCCCAUAGUUUACAUGCAGGCUCAGGAAAUGAAAAUGAGCAGCUGAAAGAGCUGCUUGCUCUCAUGAAAGAAGAUUUGACUCCAGCUGAAAAAAUAUAUGUCAGGAAGAGCAUUGAGCAACAUAAACUGGGGACCAAUAAAACUAUUCUGCAACAGGUGAAAGUGGUUGGAGUGACGUGUGCUGCCUGUCCCUUCCCUUGUCUGAACACGCUCAGGUUUCCUGUGGUGAUGCUGGAUGAGUGCAGCCAGAUGACUGAACCUGCUUCUCUCCUUCCCAUCGCCAGGUUUCAGUGUGAAAAGCUUGUCCUUGUUGGAGACCCCAAGCAACUGCCACCAACUGUUCAAGGGUCUGAGAGUGUUCAUGAGCAGGGAUUGGAGCAGACUCUGUUUGACAGGCUCUGCUUAAUGGGACACAACCCCAUUGUUCUUCGGACCCAGUACCGCUGUCACCCUGCCCUCAGUGCCAUCGCCAACGAGCUGUUCUACGACGGGAACCUCAUUGAUGGGAUUUCCCAGGAGGACAGGACUCCUUUAUUGGAAUGGCUCCCAACACUCUGCUUUUAUAGCGUUCAUGGCAUGGAGCAAAUUGAAAGAGACAACAGCUUUUAUAACAUGGCAGAAGCUCAUUUUACCGUCAAGCUCAUCCAGUCUCUGAUUGCAAGUGGAAUAGAAGGAGCUGCUAUUGGUGUGAUUACCCUUUAUAAAUCACAAAUGUAUAAGAUCCAGAAUUUGCUCACUGGGGUUCACUCUGAGGCUUUUGAAGUCAAGCCUGUCCAGGUGUCCACGGUGGACGCGUUCCAAGGCGCCGAGAGGGAAAUCAUCGUCCUGUCGUGUGUCAGGACCAGGCAGUUUGGGUUCAUAGACUCCGAGAAGAGGAUGAACGUGGCACUGACGAGAGCCAAGAGACACCUGCUGAUUGUGGGAAGUCUGCCCUGUCUGAGCAGGAACAGGCUCUGGGGAAGAGUAAUUCAUCACUGCAAAGGAUGGGAAAAUGGCUUGCAACAUGCAAACCAGUGCGAGCAGCAGCUAAAUGACAUUCUCAAGUCUUACUUGGAGAAUUGGGAGGAAGAAGAACAGAGUAAGAAAAAGGAAAAAUAAAAUAUGUAUUGAUUUUUAUGAACAAAAAAUUGCUUGUUACAGCUAUAGCUCCAGUCAUUUUUAAUCCAGUAUUUAUUUCAU